AUGGCGGCUGGGGAGAAGAAAUUUCAGGAGAGCCAUUUCGACGUCCUCGGGAUUUGUUGCCCUUCAGAAGUUCCAAUCAUUGAGAACAUUCUGAAGCCACUUGAUGGAGUUCGAGAGGUUUCGGUGAUCGUUCCGACGAAAACUGUGAUCGUUCUUCACGACGGCCUCCUCAUUUCUCAGCUUCAGAUUGUUAGAGCUCUAAACAAAGCCAGUUUAGAGGCAAGCAUUAAAGUGAAGGGUGGAAAAAUCGUACGCAAGAAAUGGCCAAGCCCAUACGCAAUUGCCUCCGGGGCAUGCCUUUUGCUCUCAUUAUUGGGAUACUUUUUUCAGCCACUGCAUUGGUUGGCACUUGGAGCUGUUGCCUUUGGGAUUUUGCCAAUAAUUAGCAAGUCCAUUACUGCACUUCGCAAUCGCGCUUUCGGAGAUAUCAAUAUCCUUGUCGUGAUUACAGUUGCUGGUUCAAUUGCUUUAAAGGAUUACUGGGAAGCUGGUACAAUUGUAUUCUUAUUUGCCAUUGCAGAUUGGUUAGAAUCACUUGCGAGUCACAAGGCCGCUGCAGCAAUGUCAUCAUUGCUGAAUGUAGUUCCACAAAGAGCUUUAUUAGCUGAAAACAGCGAAGAGGUAGAUGUUGGUGAAGUAAAGAUUAAUACUGUUCUUGCUGUAAAGGAAGGUGAGAUGAUUCCUAUUGAUGGAGUUGUCAUAGAAGGAAAUUGUGAUGUCGAUGAGAAGACAUUGACGGGAGAAUCAUUCCCAGUUGCCAAACAAAAAGAUUCCAGUGUUUGGGCCGGCACCAUGAAUGUCAAUGGCUACAUAAGCAUUAGGACUACAGCACUCGCAGAAGAUUGCGUGGUGGCGAGAAUGACAAAACUAGUUGAAGAGGCACAGAAGAAUAAGUCUAGGAUAGAGAGAUACAUGGAGAAAUUUGCCAAGUACUACACUCCAGGCAUCAUUUUGAUAUCGAUUGCAGUGGCAGUAGUUCCUGUUAUUUUAAGGGUUCACGAUAAGAAGAAAUGGUUUCACAUCGCGUUGGUUGUUCUAGUAAGUGCAUGUCCGUGUGCACUUAUCCUGUCAACUCCCGUGGCCAUGUUCUGCGCGCUGACAAAAGCCGCAAAUUUAGGCGUUUUCUUCAAAGGUUCAGAUUAUCUUGAGAUGCUCGCUCGAGUUAAGAUCAUGGCUUUUGACAAAACCGGGACACUAACUAGAGCAGAAUUUGGAGUGACCGAAUUCAAAUCUCUAGCAAAUGACAUUAGCCAGAAAACUAUACUAUACUGGGUGUCAAGUAUUGAGAGUAAAUCAAGCCAUCCAAUGGCAGCCGCUCUGGUUGAUCUUGCAAAAUCACAUUCAAUUGAGCCAAACCCUGAUGCAGUGGAGCACUUUCAGAAUUUCCCUGGGGAAGGAAUAUAUGGUAAAAUUGAUGGGAAAGAAAUCUACAUUGGAAACGCUAAAAUCGCUUCAAGGGUCGGAAGUCAAUCAGUUCCAGAACUAGAAGGAAAUGAUGAAGGAAAGUCAGUUGGGUACAUAUUUUUGGGUUCAACUCCUGCUGGAAUUUUCCGUCUUUCUGAUGUUUGUCGUACUGGAGCAAAAGAAGCAUUGCAACAAUUGAAAUCAAUGGGCAUCAAAACCGUUAUGAUUACAGGAGAUUGUUACGCAGCAGCCAAACACAUACAAGACCAGUUGGAUGGCGCUCCUGAAGUCAUCCACGCAGACCUCUUACCAGAAGACAAAGCGAGAAUCAUUGAGGACUUCCAGAAGCAGGCAUGCACUGCAAUGAUCGGUGAUGGAAUCAACGACGCACCAGCACUAGCAACUGCUGAUGUGGGCAUCUCAAUGGGUGUUUCAGGAUCAUCACUAGCAACAGAAACAGGCCAUGUGAUGCUAAUGACAAAUGACAUUCAGAGAAUACCAAAAGUUGCAAAACUAGCUCGAAAAGUGAAGACAAAAAUCCUUCAGAACAUUAUCCUUUCAAUAGCUACAAAAGGUUCUAUCCUCGGCUUGGCCAUAGCUGGUCAUCCAAUGGUUUGGGCUGCAGUUCUAGCAGACGUCGGUACAUGCUUAGUGGUGAUCUUGAACAGUAUGCUUCUUCUAAAUGGAUUCCCAAGAUACCGGAGAAAAUGUUGUCAGUCUUCUGCGGCAUCAACAGAACACAAACACGGGAAAAAAUGUUCUGGCAGUGAUUCAUUGCAUAAACAUCAGCCCUGUUGUCCUGACAAGAAAAAAGCUCCGAAACAGUGUGAUGCAAAGAAAUGCUCUUCAAAACAUUGUGCGCCAGCAACCAAACAGCAUUGUGUUCCUGACAGUUCCAUUUCUAGCGCCAGUGGAAAAGGUCAGUACUCAGAGUCAAUUAUCAAAAACAGCUGCUGUGGACAUGAAUCACAUGAAAAUCAAAUUCGAAAGCGAAAUGUUGAAUGUACAGGGUGGUCAAACACACAUCAUCAUCAUCCACAUCAGCAUCAGCAUCAGCAUCACCACCAGCAUCCUCCUCCUCCUCCUCAUCAUCAUCAUCAUCAUCAUGAAAUGGAUGGUUCAGAUUCAACAAAGAAACAUGCAAUUUGUUCAUCAACGAAGGAGAAACAGGACAAAACUUGUUCCCAAAGUGAUUCGUGUCACGCUAAACAGCCUUGUUGCGCUGAUUUACCACCACAACCUCAUUGUGAGGUGCAACUGCAGCAAUGCUCUUCCAAUGCAAAUUGCUCGGAACCAAAUGGAAAGCAGAUUUGUGGCCACAACAAUGAAAUCGUCGAAGCUAAAUUCUCAGAUCAUGAUCAUGGAAGCUGCAACAGUCAUGUUGGCCAUCAGGAACCAACCAAACUGCACCACCACGGAGGAGGACCAGGAUGUUGUGAUUCGACUAAAAAACUAGGGAAAGAAGCAGUUCAUGAUCAUUUCAACAAAACCUCUGCACAUGGUAGUUCUUCCAGCACUACUACUGGCCUGAAGCCGGAAGAUCGAAUUGACAUUGAUGAAGAGCUUGGAAAAAUAGUUGAGCUUUGUUGCGAUCACGAAUCAACGAUCAACAGGCAUUCCAGAGGCAAGAAUCAUCAUCAUGAUGCAGGGGAAUGUGACCAUUCAAAUCAUUCAGGUGGGCACAAUUUAUUAGGAGACCCCCAUAACCAUAACAAUCAUGUUCAUCAUCAUCAUCAAGGCAGCAGAAAUAUGGCUUGUGUGGCAUUGGAGAGUAGACAUGUUGUUGGUGGAUGCUGUGAGAGUUUUAGGAAGGAAUGUUGUGUUCAUUCAGGACAUUUUGGGACUAACUUGAGAGGAGGGUUGACAGAAAUUGUCAUUGAGUAG